UUCUCAUCACCUGUCAGACGUACAGAGCCACACAGCCAGCAGUGUAGAGUGAGGCUGAACUCUAUCACACAGCACAGUGCUGGAAUUCAUUCUAACGCAACUGUUAGAUAUUCAUUGUAGGAAAUGCAAUUAUGUAUGGAUAUUUUGAUACAAGUGAUUGAAAAUGAUCUGACUUCAGUAGUAUGAAACAUUUAGGUUGGAAUUAAUCAAGGUUUGUGUUGCAGUUUAAACUUCUACUAAAAUUGAAUCAGGCUGCAACACAUUUCUAGUUGUAUUUAAAUCCUAAUUUAAGAUUAAUUUUAAACAGGUCUAUUUUGCGGCAGUGAUUCAGAGGCCUGUAAAACUCUUGACAUCUCCUGCAUCCAACCUAUAACCUACUUGAAGAUUGGAUCAAUAAAUCUACAUUAUCACUAAUCUUAGUUUAAUGCUUUAUUGUUGGUGGAACCAUCCUAAACAUUAAGUUUCUGUUCUGACACAAAGAACUUUCUAAGUGACCAGCUUCUGCUGUGUUCAGUGUGCUAUGUAUAUUCCAUGCCAAAAGAACAAAUGUUAACCCUGUGAUGGGAACUUUUCUCUCUCUGCUGCUAUGACAUGUCAUGCUAUGAAGACCUGAGGUAGGAGAUUCUUUCAGAACACAAUCAGGUUUUGAGGCUUCUACUUAUAUACUUCAACAUUGCUGUGACUGUAAGAUCACUUUCAAAAGCCAGUUGUGCUGUGACGUUUUCUGAAUACCACUGAAAGCUAUCGGCAACACUUUCUAUGAAGCCCAAAUCUAUAACAUAUUCAUCAUACCUUCGUAACACACUGUAAUGGUUAACAUGUAAAAUCUCAUAGCAGUCUUGAUUAUAGUGUCAUGUUCAUAACCCUGUUUUGCAUGAAAGGUUUUAAGGAGUUAUGGCCAUCACUGUUCUCUCUAACUACAAUGGAUUGAGAGUGUUGGUGUAUAUUUAAGGCUUACCAUCAUAUGCUUAUGACAGCUCACUGUCUGUCAUGUGUUUAUUGGCAGGUAUAGUGUGCAUUGAACAGACUUCGCCAAGAAAAUAUAAGCCAUUCAGACGUGUGUAUUCUUGAAAAUGGUCAGGAAGUUGUUGACAGUACCUGAUGAAAAUGGUGUAUCCUAUCAGCUCCACUCACUGUUUGAGUGAGGCUUACAUGCGAACUGACUGAUGUACCUUGCUGUCAGUUGUCAUAUUAAUUGUCCUGUUCAUCCUUGCAUGUUGUUAUGGUGAACCAAGUAAUGUGUGCAUCAAGUUUUGGUCUCUGCUUUACUAUUGUUAUUGUAAAUAGUUGUUUAUGUUAUUUAUUGAUUACGACACUUUUGUACAUAAUUCAAACAAACCAUGUUUUGAGAUAAUAAAAGAUAAAAGACCCUGAGAGGGAAAUAAAUGGAACACAGCACAACAACGCAAGUUAUUUGUCUUGCCAGGGAUUAAAAGAGUUGAUAGAAGUGUGUGUGUGUGUGUGUGUGUGUGUGUGUGUGUGUGUGUGAGAGAGAGAGAGAGAGAGAGAGAGAGACAUAUUACAUAACAUUCACAGCAGACAGUUAGCUGUCAUAAAGGCAUUAACUGUAAUCUGGUUACAGAAAGCACCAUUAUGUUGAGAAGAUCUGAUAACCUUAUGCAAAAGGGCAGAGUGAUUAGAAGAAAUUUCAAUAGCUGUUUGAUAAUGUGUUAUAGAUAUGAGCUUCAUAGAAAGUGUUAAAAGGACAAUUUAAAUACUAUUAAAAGGUUAUCUACUACUGCAGUGUCUUUGACUGACAGGUGGUUCAAGCUGUGAUAACAGCUUCUGGUCCUGAGAUAGACACGUAACUACAAGUCAUAUUUACCAGGCAAAUAAGCUUCACCUUCUGCCUCUGCACAGCACACAGCACAGUUUGCAUAGAAAGCGAAAGGAUCAGAGGAAAGUUAUUACAAUGUUUGACAGCUGUACAGAAAAAAUGAAUCAGCUAGGAGCAGAGGGGAUAAGUAUAAAAGAUCAACAAACACCAAGAGCAAAAUGUGGAGCAGGUCAAGUCCAGCUCUCAGUAGGUUGAACAGCUUCAGCUCAGCAACUUCAGGUCACUCUGGACCACUCAGUGUGAUGGACAUACUCAACUUGUGGAAUGAUGACCCAGAGGAGGUUCUCUUGGACCUGGGCUUCGGCUGUGACGAACCUGACCUCUCUGGGCGCAUCCCGGCUCGAUUCAUCAAUCAUCAGUCUCAGGCAAGAGGAAUAAACCUCCAGGUGUUUCUGGAGGCCCAGAAGAACCGGCUGGACCUGGAAAACCCAGAUGUCAGCAAUCGUUUUAGACAGCUCGAGGUUCUCCAGCAGGUAACUACAGCGUUCUCCUCCUUGGUGGGGUCUUCUUCCUCCUCCUCCUCCCCUCUCAGAGCACCACAGGGGAAAGACCUGCCUCCUGAGGCCCGGGAGAAGAGGAGGCGCAUGGGCAUGCUGUUCAGACGAGCAUCAAAGAAGUCACUCAGCCAAAUCCACAACCAUAAAACCCAGGACCUAACCACACUUGCUGAGACCUCUCUUCCCUGUGCUACACCAGAGUCACUGCAACUUCCACCCAGCAUUGGAGACAAGAAAGUACCCUUAAAAAAAGUCAAACCUGGACUGGAGACUGUGUGUCUGAGUCCUCUGGCAGAGGAGCAAGGAGCUGAUCCAUACCCUCAGGCCCAGCCUCAUGUGGCUUCUUUGAUUGCCCAUGAAGGAGCACUCAAACCCUGGCCCCUGAGGGAAGGUCUCCCCCUGGCAGUCAGCACUUUUUUGCAGAGGAAGAAGAGCCCAGGGCAGGCCAGGGAAUCAUUUGAAAUGGAAGAGAUCCACAGUUUUGAUGAAUGUAGUGUCACAGGGAGCUACACGGGAGGAGCAGAACAUUUAGUACAGGGUGUAAUACGGACCAACAGCUGCCAGUCAGACAGCAGUGGUUUUCUAGAGGAGCCCUUCAUACCCUCCCUCUCUCAGCAGGCGUCACCAGGACCUGAUCUCAUCAAGGCUCUGUCAGGCCUGUCAGGAAGGAGCAAUGACAGCCAGAUCAUUGAGAGGCCAGGCUCCCCCUCUCCUUCUUCCUCUCAUACCUCCCCAUCUCUCCUGCUCUCCUCAUCUUUGACCUCUUCUGAUGUUGACAAAUCUGUCCUCUCCGCACCCUGUCCUACACCAGAGCAUUCAUUAGUCUUUGGCCCUUCCCCAUCUCCUGUCUUGUUGUGUCUCCCAAAAUCUAACCUGCAAAAUUCAGGGACAGAGACUCCAGCAGAUCAGGAUCGGUCUCUACCUGCUUCAUUGCCUGCAUUGGUAUGUGAGUACCUUCCUCCUUGCUCUUCCUCACCCGAGUUACAGAAAGUAACUCACUACCAAUCUCCAACUCUCCCAUCUCCUGCCUUCUUUAUCCCUCUCUCCCCUACAUCUCCCCACAUGCAACCUGCCUCAUUGAUUAGAGGGUCAGAGGAGAUUAAAACUGAGGACAAGGAUGCUCCAUACCCCCACCUCUCUUUUCUUUCUCAUGACUCUGAAGAGACAACAUGCUCUACCUUUUCAAGUGUCCCUCCUCCUGCCUCAUCUCCUUCUUCCUCUCCAAAUUUGGAUUGUCCAUUUUCUGCCUCAAUUGCUUUGUCUUCUACAGAGUCUGACUUUUCCUCUGGGAGUCCAGGGAACAAUGAAUACUCCCACUCUGCUUCUGGUGGCUUAUCAUCUCUGCCUCCCUACUCCCCCUAUUUAUGUCCCACUGCCCCUCUUGAUUUUCAUCGUCCAUCCUCUUUAGCAUCUAAAGACUACCCAUUAACUGAGUCUCUCUCACAGAGUCCAGAAAACAAUAAAAGAGAUUCCCUUUUCCCAGACUCAGGUGAAAUAGGCCUGUCUGAUCCACCUACUGAUACCCAAAAGAAAGAGGAAGAAACACCCUCCUCUCUCUCCUUUCAGUCGGACAAGGACAAUCCCUUAGCUCCACUCUCUUUCAUGCCGGACUCCUCUAAGUUUGAAAAGGGUUGUCCCACACUGCCCUGCCUUUCUCUUAAGACUUCCAUUCCAGUUUGUCAGUCUGUCUUGUCAUCACAACCACAUGAUCCAGAUGGUUUUAUAGAUCCAGCUGUUGGAAGAAUUUCAGACCUGACAGAGCAGUCCAUCUGCCAACAGGACAGACCAAGUUCUCAUGAUGAUAACACAGCCCCUGCUCCAGCCUCUCCUAUCCAAGAUGUUAUUCAUGUUAAGAUAAAUCACCUCUCUUUGGACUUAGAGGAUACCCGUCAGAGGACUGGAAAGGGAGAGUUAGAAGGUGAGAGACAUACUGACACUGUGCAGACUCGAGAGGAUGUUGUUUACAUCUCAGAUACAGAGAGUUCUGCCGGUCUGUCAGAAGGUUCUAGAUUAGUCUCUAAGGAAGUAUGUAACCAAACAGAAAUAGAUCUACAUGUCCCCUCUUGUAGUUUGCACAAUGAGCUUUCACCUGAAACCAAACAAGAAGAGUUAAGAAAAGUCUGUCAAAUGGAAAUUAAUGGCACAGAAAGUGAAUCACCCAGAAGUUCUUUAGUUUUACAUGAUGAAGUUCCAAAGUAUCUAAUCGAGAUUGAGAGCUUGGAUAUGGUAUUUCAAACCUCAGUGGAUUGCUCAGAAGAUGAAAAUGGAGAUGUGGAUGCCUUUUUUCAGCAGCUUGAUACUGAAGGGCAAGUCUAUUGGGCAGAACCCAUCCAGGUUUCCAAUCCAACCCCUGUGCUCGAAGAGUCAGGCAGCUUUGAAGCCUCAGACGGAUCUCCUGGGAAUUCUCUGUUGCCUAGACGCCAAGCUGAUUCAUUUUCAUCCACAGGCAGAGCUAUGCCUUUAUCUUUGCCAUCCUCAACAACAAUGGACACUGACCAGACCUCAAGAAAUGCAACUGCCUCCUCAGAUACACCCUCCUCCUCGACUCUAGCUCCAUUCUCAUCCUCAUCCUCAACCCCAGACCUCAAGCCAUCAAGCCGCUCUGUUUCUGUUCAGAUGUCUUCAUCUCUAUCUUCUCAUAUUGUCCACAGAAAGGAUGUUCCCUACAUGACUGACUCAAAACGCACCCUUCUCCCUAGUGUUCUCCCUUUGGAUACCUCCACCCCUUUCCGUGCUGUCCAGUCAUGGACAGACCUGCAGAUUCAACGAAACACUCUCACCAAUAAGUUAUCACAUGGGGCUGUUCAUACUGUCCCAAACGAAGUGACUGUAUCCACGAGUGCCUCAGAAACGACACAAAGACCUACACUGAUCUUCUCUUCGUCUCCAUCUUUCCCUCGGCUGUCCAAUGACUGGCAGUCACAUGACUGUCUCCCUGGGAUGGCAAAAAAUGACUGUACUGUGUCAGUCUCUGUGGAUAAAGGGCUGGUGCCUGAUGAGGAGGAAGAGGUGGACAGGAAUGGAAAUGAAGAUGAGGAGAAGCUUUGGGAGGGUGAUCAUACAGCCACCAUGGCAUGCUGCUGCUCUUGUGACCAUCAUUGUACCUGCUGUACUCAGAAGAGUUACAACAAGCAACACACUCUGGGAAACAUCCAUUACUCUCUGGAUGAGUUAGAGGAGAUGAUGUUGUGUCUGCAGAAGUUUCGCUCUGUGCUCAGCAACAUGGAGGAGCAGCUCUCUGAAGACCAGGCUGCAGUUUACAGUUAUCUCUCUGACCAGGACAGGGAGAAGGUUCGGGACAUAGAGGAGCUGAGGCGAACAGUGAAACAGGAGGCUGGAGAGCUGGAGAUGCAGUUGAACGAAUUGGCCCAUCACUAUGAUGACAGCUUGAAAAUGAAGAUGCACAGACUGUUGGAUGAACAGUCUCUGCUCUGCUCUCAGCUCAGAGUCUUUAUACCUGGAACAGUGCCUACAUCAUUGAGUCCUGCCCCCAGCAGGACAGUAGCCACUCAGUGUUGUCUGCUGCCCUGGAUCCCUCCGGCUGAUGUGCAGAGUGGCCAGGUCUCCUCCUGGAGCACCGUGAAUGUGGACUCCCCCAGACAGUCGCCUCCUGUAUCAGAGGGCAUCUGUGAGGGCCUGGGCUGUACUCCCACUAAGGCAGACAAGCUGGACAUAGUGGGCUUCCUCCAGAGAUUGAAAGAGUCUGCAUCAUUCUGUGAACACAGACUUACUGGAAUAAAAAGGUGUCAUGGGCGCUGCAUGAGACUGCAUCUGACCGAUGAGAACCUGAAGUUUCCUAAAGUCUUCCAUUCACAUUCACUGAAGGAUAUGCCUUAACUUUUCAGUGUCACAGUUUUAGCUUUUACUGGGUAUUCAUCACAUUUUGUGAUAAAUAUUUCACAUUUGACUCUGUGUGAUAGCAAAACUGGCUUGUAAGAGAUGCUGAGACUAGAAUCACUACAAGCUGCAUGAGAUGCAAACUUCUGAGUGUUUUGUGAAAGAAAAAUAAUAGUAUAGUAUAAUCCUAGGACCUAAAACAAAAGCAAUUAUAAUGGCAUAGGAUAGGCUGUUUAUACAUGCUUAAAAUGCUUAUUUACAAGGAAAAAUAUGUAAAUAUAAAUCUAAGUAUGAGUUAUUUAAUGAAGAUGCUGUUACACACUAGGCCUCUGCUCAGUGAAUGCACAAUGCUUCAUAUGAAUAAUACCACUACAAUAAACCUUAGAACAGUGAAA